AAAGAUAGCCCAAAGAAGCCAAAUGGUACCAAUUGCUCUAAUAAUUGCAGCAUAAAAAACAAAAAGAAGAAAAAGAAGAGAGCUGAUAGCAAGAGAAGAUUGAGUAGUGUACAAACUGUAGCAUAUAAAUCCAGUGAAUGGGUCUUCUUGGACCAUUCUGCUGGUUCUUCAUCUACCGCUGAAAUUAUGAUGACUUUGGGGGUGCACUGGAAUGAUCUGAAGAAGUUGGUCUUUUACCUUCAUUUUCAUUCGAUUCACAGUGAUGGGAUAUUAUCACCUACCAAGCUUGUUGAGAGAGCCCACCAAAAUGGCUUGAAAGUAAUUGUGUUGACAAAUCAUGAUACAAUGUCUGGUAUACCUGAAGCCCAGGAAGCAGCUUUCAGAUAUGGGAUCAAGAUUGUUCCAGGAGUUGAAGUUAGCGCAGUUUUCUGUCCAAGUGGAGAGAUGGGAUCAGAAGAACCAGUUCGUAUUCUUGCAUACUAUAGUGUGUGGGGACCAAUAAGGAUAGACGAAUUAGUGAAGCUGACUUGCAUAAGGAAUGGACGUUUCCUAAGUGCAAAGAGCAUGGUUUCAAAAUUAAACAAACUGAAGCUAUCUCUCAAGUGGGAGCAUAUAACCAAGAUUGCAGGCACAGGUGUUGCUCCUGAGAGGCUGCAUGUUGCUCGUGCUUUGGUUGAAGCAGGCCAUGUAGAGAACCUAAAACAGGCCUUUUCAAGAUAUCUUUAUGAUGGUGGAUCUGCUUAUUCCACUUCUGGCACAUCCCUGGGCGCUAAAAUCCCCGGUUGCCGUGAUCAGAAGGCUAACAAAAGCAGGCUUGCAUGGAAUAGACUCUUGCAGAAGUGAUGGAAAACUGGCAGUGCAGCGAUUGUGCUGAUGCAUAUGGUCUUGUGAAGCUUGGAGGAUCAGAUUACCGUGGGAGAGGUGGACAGCAUGAAUCUGAUGUGGGGAGUGUGAGGCUUCCCAUGUCAUCGGUGCAUGAGUUUCUUAAGGUCGCCAUACCAAUUUGGUUCAAAGGCUACUGUAGAUAAUCUUGGAAAAAUGUCAAAGAUCCCAAUGAUGCAAAUUUACAUUUUAUAAUCAUGUUUAGCUGCAAUCACGCAAUGUAUUGACAAUCUGCACGUAAUGUAUUGACAAGUUUAGCCACAAUCACGCAAUGUAUUGACAAAUCUGCAUGGAAAUGCGCCCUGUCUCUCUCUCUCAAAAAUCAGGGAGGGAGAAUGUUGAGCUCAAAUUUGGAAUACUAAAACUAAUGUGCUAAUUGCCUUUAUAAUUUGUUUGGAUAGUUUAUGGGUUUUUCUA